AACCGUACAAGUACGUGUUAAAAUCCAUGGAUCAUUAUUUAUGUUAUAAAAUCUAUCAAAUAUUGGAUGAUUGAAAAAUGAAUAAUAAUCUUAUUAAAGUUCCAGUAUCAUAUGUACAUCUUGAAGAUUUAUCUAUUUUGGAUAUUUUUCGUCAAGAUGCCCGUCGACAUAUUGAUAUUGUUGUCGAAUGUAUUGAUUCGAUGAUUGCUAAACGAAAUAUUCGUGGUCUAUUGGAUGAAUAUAGUAAUCUACGACAAUUGAAAGAUAAUCUACAAGAAUGGGAUCGUCGAUUAAAUCGUACAGCUGAUGAUAGUAAACAAUCAUGGUUAUAUAAUCAAAUGUUAAAUGAAUCAAUCGAUAUGAUUGUUGAUUAUUUUAAUCAAUCUUGUAACGAUAAUGGUAAUGGUAAUGGUAAUAAUAUCGAUGGCCAUCAUAAUCAUUCGAAAAUAUCAAUCCGGACAAAAUCAUCACCGCCACCAUCAUUAUCAUCAUCGGUAAACAAUAUUAUUUUGUCACCCGAACCACGUGUUGAAUCAAUUCAGAAGCCAAAACCGAUCAUUAUGAAUGACAAAUCACCAUUGAAUAAUUCAAGCAAUCACAUUGUCAACAUUGAUGAUGAUGAUAAUGAUAAAAUGAUAAAAUUGUUACCAAAACCAUCCAUUCAAUCACCACCAAUACCACCACCAUCAUCAUCAUCAUCGGCGAACAAUGAUAACGCGAAAAGAAAAUAUCGUGAAAAACCUGAAAUACCAAAAGAUAUGGAUUGGACAAAACCACCACCACCAUUAAAUUUAAAAGAAACAGCAACAACAACAACCGUCACAGACGAUUCAAUUAAUUCCUCGGAAAAAUGUUUAGAUGUUUUACGUAAUGCAUACAAUGAAUUUCGAAAACAAACUGGACAACCACAACAACCAAAACAACAAGACGAUAAUAAUUUGGCUGACAAGAAACUCGAACAAUUAUCAUUGAAUGAUGGUCAACAAUCGAAUCAAUCAUCAUCAUCAUCAUCAUCGUCGAUUAAGAAACAGAAUCCAAUGAUGAAUAAUGAUGAAUCGAUGAUAAAUAAUUUAAAAAAUCAUCAAUGUUUAUUCUGUGAACGUUUUGGUCAUCAAGAUCAUCUAUGUAAUCAAUAUAAUUCAAUUGAUUUACGUAUAAAACGUGCAAUCGAAUUGAAUCGAUGUAGCCAUUGUUUUUCAUAUGAUCAUUGUGAAUUAUCAUCAUCAUCGGGACAAUGUCGACGACAAGUAAAAUGUUUAAAUCCGGAUUGUCAGAAUAAAAAACAUCAUACAAAUUUAUGUUUUAAUUAUCUGAAACAAUCAACUAAACAAUAUCAGAAUCAGAGUCAAAAUCAGCAAAGAAAUCGUGGAAAAAAACACUAACAAUGAUAUGGCAUCAAUGAAUUUUUAUCAUUUUUGUUUUGAAAUAUUGAUUU